UGUCGGUCCUUGAACGCAUCAUACUCAUAUAACAUGUCAACCAUCAUCAACUCAAAUAUAAUGAACAACCCUUAUUGCAAAACCUGCUGCUCUAAGUUUAAUGUAUGGCCUCAAAGGUUAUUCACAUACGUGAACGUCCGAAUUAAGGCGUUAUAGAUCAAGUAUUUCGACGCCCUUGCACCGAAAAUGAUACCAUUCUGCGAUGUUGUGGUUCAAAUUGCACUAAUUGUUGAUGUGGAGGCGAUGGCGGAUGUUGUCUUGGAGGUCAGACCUGUGUAGUUCUUCUUUAAAUGUGCUUCUGUUGCCACUGCAUUGUCAGCGUCAGUCGACGUCUUGUUGAGCGUCGCUGAGCCACGACUGUCAUUGCUCUGACCCUUCAGCUGGAGGGCUUACACGGAUAAUUCAUCUGUAGUCCGGAUUCCCCAUCGGAAGUCUGCCUCCAUAUUUUCACGUCAAGUUUCACUAGUUCGUGUACUGUAAAUAUUAGACAUCCGUGCAUCGGCGUAUUUUGACGGUAUUAACAUCGAAUUUGAACAGGAAUUGACCACUGUGUCAACAUUUGCGACAUGUUGACUGCAGUAGAUAAACACCUACUACAGAGCUAUCGACAUCGUUUAUUUAUUUGCAGCUCACACUCGCGUUUCGCCAUAAAAUAGUCUGGAGCCAGCGUCAGUGACAGUGGUCAGGCAGUGACGUCACAGUGUCUUGUUUUUAUUCGCAGUCCCCGCCCAUGUCUCUAAACCCCGCCCCGACAGACACCGCUUCACUUUUAAGCAUUUAACUGUGUUUUAAAGGUAUAAUGUUGGCAUUAUACAACUAAAACGAACACCUAUCGAAUAUUACGGAUGAAAUAGCUUUAAAGACACAUACAUUAUUAUUAGUAUCAAUAACCAGGCCAUUAUAAAAGAUAAACACAGCAGCCCCGAGGCCUUUGCUAUAAACCAAGUGAAACCUUAUAUUUGCACUACUGAAGCCCAUGCUCCCAUUGUCCAAUUCAAGAACAAACAAGGGCUUUAAGUGAAAAAAAAAAUAAUAAUAAUAUAUGACUUUAAGUUAAAUUCAAAAGUGAAUACCAUUCAAAGGCAGCUACAGCUUUUUUUGUUUGACAAAAAGCCUGCAAGUCAACACUUGACAUACAAGCAGUCAUGUUUCAACGUCUGAGCAACCUGCUGUUUGGGGAGGUGGAAGAGGUGGCAGCUGAGCUGAAGGGACCCAAGCCCUGUGUUACAGAGGCUGACGAGGAAGGAUGGAUGCUUGUCAACCUGCCUGACAAAUCUGUCUGCAUGAUGCCGGCUGAGGAUGAGACACAAGCCCAACUUAUUGCACAUCCAUUUCUGGACAGUAACCAAUCAAAUCACAAAGACACUGAGACACGGACUGAAUGCCAAACAUCCAUUCCCCGCCCGCCAAUCAAGCGCCGUAGGACACGUAAAAGUCAGACGCAAGGGGCAGUAGCAUCAUCAGAAUCACUGUCUUGCCCAAGGCGGGCCAGACUGUCCACGGCCUCCUCCGCCCAGUCAACUUCUCCUCCUGGGAGCGAGUGUGGGGGCAGUGGGCAAAGCAGUAAAGCAGGCUCAGAGAGAGGCUGCAUGGAUGAGAGCUGGUUUGUCACCCCUCCCCCCUGUUUCACUGCAGAAGGAGCGACUGCGGAAGCGAGCCCAAUGGAGGACCUGCUCAUCGAGCACCCCAGCAUGUCAGUGUACGUCUCCCCAAACAACCUCUCCAUAGUCUCCAACAGCAACCUCUCCGUGGUGGGCGAGGAAAGCAUUGUGAGCCUGGCAAGCAGUGUUAGCCGAGUGGCUGAGCCAGCUGCAGCUCCGGCCACCCACACCCCGGGGCCAUUCAGGGGGACUUUUGGACCUUACGUCCAGCCUAAGUUGGCCCAAGUGGCCAGGGUCCAGCGUGGCAAAGCCCGCAUCGAGAGGCGCCACCUGAGCCGCAACCGCAUCCAACGCCAAAACCGCACCAGAGAGCAGGUUCCUCGUCACGCAAGCCACGCUCGCAACACCUUCCUUCACCAGCCUAGCAAGCGUAACUUCUGCCACUAAACCUCCAAGCGCUGUUUACUCUGAGGGCAUUAAAGGAGCCGAGUCAACUUUAUACACAUUUAGUGCAUUUAACAUGUCUGCUUUAAUUUUGGCGCACUCGUUCAAAAAUUUUGCAUUCUGUAGUCUUCUGCUGCCCUAUUUUGCUCUUCAGAAAUACUCGCCCUCAGAGUAGCUCAUAGAGUAGAACUUAAAAUCCUUACUGCAGCAUCCAAACAUAAAAAGUUUAAGUUUUAAUAAUUUAAAGAAAAAAAUAAAGUUUAGCUAUAUUGAUUUCUUCUUCAUAGUCUUCCUUUCACUCUCACCCCAAGCAUUUUUUAUAUUAAUACAACCAUAAAAUAAUUUUAUGUUCAUAAGUGAUUUUCUCUGACUGAACAGACGAUAUUUGAGGGAACCUUGCAUCACAGAUAAAAAAUGGCUGAACCUUAUUUGCAGAAAAAACAAACCAUCAUUUCCUUAAAGCUCAAUUAUGAGUUAUAGCCACCGUCCAGUUUUAUUUUUGUAGAUGGAUAUUCUGGGUGAGGACUGUUGUGAUGACAAGCACAAAAAUAUAUGUUUGCAUUGUGGCAAACAAUUUCAUCAUAGAAAAUAAACGUUCUGCGAUUUAUUCCUCACUACACUGCAAAGGUUGAGAGCAAGAAAGAGAUGCUGGGAGGAUGACCAAAACAGACUAAAGAAUCAAUGAUGCAGUGAAUUAGUACAAUGGUGUGUGAUAAAGAAUAGGAAAGUGGGACGUGACCCUCCAAAGCAGUCUUGUUUUUUUCUCAGAUAAGAGAGCAGAAUUUCCUUUCACUUUUUAUGUUAGACAAUGGUUAACUAUCAAUAUAAAAAGUUGAAUAUUUAAAUGCUCAUAAAUGUAAGCAAGAUGAUGAGAUACAAGCUUCGGCGUUGGGUCAAAGAGAAUGGCAGAAUAUUAUAAGUGUAGAACGAUAAAAAUGGCUUACAACUCUUUUUUUUUUUUUGUUCAUUGUAAAGUUUGCAAGGUUCCACCAAUAUCAACAUUCAUCUGAAGAGAAAGUGGACAUUUGAUUAAACAAAAUGAAUAAAAACUUGCUGCACUUGCAGCAUGACUCAAUGUUGUCAUCUUCUACCUGAAGCCAAGGGCCCAGCACACACCAGACACAGUGUGUACUGCGAUUCUUCACAUUAUACAUUACAAUGUAUACAUUAGUUGCUUUAAUUAUUUAAAAAAAAAUCCCUGGCUGCUAAGGAGUCAGAUUUGAAGAAAUGGGGAAUAGUUCCAUCAGUUUGUCUGAACAUUGCUGUCUCCUUGUAUGCACACCAAACUCUUAACAUGGUUCGCUUAGAAGCUGAGCUUAAAGACAUGUAACAACAACAAUAGUAAACAAUGGUGCUGAUGUGUAUACUAAUGUUUGUAAAUUAUUCGAAACAUGGAUGUAAGUUUGCACUGUCAUACAUUUCUGUGAGUCAAACGUUUUAGCAGUGUGCUGUGUGCUUGUGUUUUACUUUUGAGACCUUCCCUCCCCCCCUCUCUUUUUUGUUUGUGAGAAAGUUAAAAUCUCCUAAAAAUAUACAUUAUGAUAGUCCUUUAUUACUCUUGUAAAUAUUCUAAAGCAAUUUAUAGCACUCUGUUAGAUGUCAAAGCCUCUAAAGACCCGAGUCCGCAAUGUUGAGUUCAAUGGGAGUGAGGCAAAUCCUCUUUUGCCUCAGCUCGGUGCUCCUAAUCACAGGACAUCUCCCCCCCACCCCCUAGUUUGAGUUACAUCUUGCUGAGGAGGAGCACAAUAAAAAUCGCUCAUAGGCUCAGGGUUGAUGUGCCAUAGCCUCACAGUGCCCCCCAGAGGCUCCACUAAGCAGAGUACUUGCCGAUCGUGUACUCUGGUGAGGACACUGACUAGGUGGCAAUACAAUCUGUACUGCUGUGUGGAAAAGACUGAGUGGCAAACUGGUGAUGCAUUUACAAUCUUUGGAAAGGGGAAGAGUGUUUCCUUUUGAAAAUGUCUAUUAAAGUCUUUUUUUUUUUAAA